AUGCAAGAUUCCAACGAAAUUAUGGAAAACUUGCUCCCAGAAAAGAGCAGAGAUGUUUAUAAGAAAGUGUGUCAAAAGUUCCUUAGAUGGAAAGAGCAGCAAGGCAUUGGCGAAAUUACAGAAAUGGUAAUUCUGAAUUAUCUGCAAGAUCAAUCAAAAAAUGCUGCCCCUUCGUCGAUGUGGAAUUAUUGCUCCAUGAUAAAAGCGUGCCUAAUUGCUUUUGAAAAUAUCGAUAUUGGUAGGUUUCCAAAAGUUAAAGCAUUACUCAAACAAAAAUCACGGGGCUACAGGAGCAAAAAAUCAAAAGUUCUAGACCGAGAGGAAGUCCUCCGCUUCGUCAUAGAAGCACCCGAUGAAGUUUACCUAUUAGUUAAGAUGAUUCUUGUUGUGGGAAUAGCUGGAGGUUGUCGAAUUGCUGAACUCACUAACAUGAAAAUCGAUGAUAUUGAUGAUCGUGGUAGCGUUAUGGUGAUCACCCUCCCCGACACUAAAACGAAUAAACCCCGAAUAUUUACCAUUAUUAAUGAAACAGUUGUGAAGGCCUUAGAUAUAUUUAAGAAGUAUCUGGAAUUACGCCCGAAGAAUGUGCCGAAUAAACGACUUUUUUUAAAUUAUCAGAAGGGAAGGUGUACGGUGCAGCCAGUUGGAGAAAAUAAAAUUCGCAAGAUGCCGUCCGUUAUUGCAUCAUUUCUGGGUCUUGUGAAUCCACAAUUAUACACUGGUCAUUCAUUUCGGAGAACAUCAGCUUCCCUCCUUGUUAAUGGUGGAGCAGACAUCCUAGAAUUGAAAAAACAUGGGGGUUGGAGCUCCACUAGCGUGGCAGAAAAUUACAUUGUUGAUUCUGUGGAGAAAAAGAACCAAACAUGUAAGAAAAUUUUUGGAAGCAGCAGCUCUACGUCAAACGUCGACAUUUCUGACGUACCAUAA